AUGCUUGCUGCGGCCAAGUUGAGCUCGCGCAGAGCCGCUCGCGUGACUGCCACUGCGGCCAACACCAGCGCCGCAGUCUUUGCUGGCCUGCGGAAACCAGAGAAAGAUGAGUGGGGUAACACCUUGGAUGCCCUUCAGAGGGCCUUGGCACUGGAGAAGGAGGUCAACCAGGCCCUGCUGAAUCUGCACAAGCUGGCCACUGACAAAAGAGACCCUCACCUGUGUGACUUCUUGGAGUCUGAAUACCUGGAGGAACAAGUGAAGGCCAUUAAGCAACUGGGAGACCACCUCACAAACCUGAAGCGUUUGGGCCUGCCCCAGAAUGGAAUGGGGGAAUACUUGUUUGAAAGGCUCACAGCAGGAAAAAGCAGCUGA